CAAGCUACCUUGCCUGCCUAUUCCCUGACGUCUUAUUUUUCUCCCUCCCCCCAACGACAUGAACCUAUAAACACACUCCCCCUUCGCGGCUUCACACGACAGACAGGCGAACAGUUGCUUCUUUGUACGACCAAGAAGCGAGAAGCUGGUCUGGUUCCGCAAUGCUGGGCUCCGACUCGCCGACGACCCAGCGCAUCCUGGCGUCUGGCUCCUUCUCGGGCUUACACAACGAGAUCGGCGCGCUCGGGAAGGGAUAUCUGACUGCGACGAAGGAGAGACUUCAGCCGUUAUGUGGGAAUGAGGAGGGCUGGGGGCCGUUGAGCCCGUUCCGAUAUGACUUCACGCCGUGCUUUAUGGAUGUUUGGGUCUCGUCGGUGGCGGUGUAUGGUAUACUGUUUGGUGCGGCGGCGAUAUGGUAUUUGUCGAGGAAGAGGGAACAGGAUGUUAAGAGGGAUUUGCACUUUUGGACAAAGCAGGUCCUUAUUAUUGCGAUCGCGGCCACGGUACUCGCUCAAUUAAUCAUCCAAGUCAUAAGCUAUCGAGACGUCUGGGCCGGCGACUUCCGCUUCUGGACCAGCGUACUCACAAUCAUAUCUCUCGGCGUUAUAUUCCAGAUCCAAUGGCUCGAGCAUACUCGACUUCGCAACCCGAACGGCGUCGUCCUUUUCUACUGGCUUCUCCUCAUCAUCGCGUUUAGCGUCAAGCUCCGGUCGCUGGUUUCGCAGCAGAUUUACAGCAAAUCUUUGCCAUACUUCGUUACGUACUGUGUGGGAUUGGGACUCUCGAUUGUUGAGUUUGCGCUGGAGUGGUUGGUGCAGAAACGCAUGAGCUCUUAUGAUGCUCUGGGCGAUGAGGAUGAGUGUCCGGUGGAAUACGCGACGGUUUUCUCGAUCCUUACUUUCGGCUGGAUGACGCCGUUGAUGAGAUACGGAUACAAGGAGUAUUUGACCGAGGACGACCUCUGGAACUUGGCCAAGAGAGAUACUACAAAAUCGACCGGAAGCUCUUUCGAAAAGUCUUGGAACUACGAGUUGAAGCACAGGAAGAAUCCGUCCCUGUGGAUGGCAAUGUUCCACAGCUUCAGCGGACCCUAUUUCCGUGGCUCUAUCUUCAAGAUUGUAAGCGAUUCGCUGGCUUUCGUUCAGCCUCAGCUACUGCGUCUCCUGAUCGUCUAUGUUGGGUCCUACAAGACCUCCACCCCCCAGCCAGUUAUCAAGGGUGUUGCUAUUGCCUUGGGCAUGUUCGCCGUGUCUAUCGGACAAACCUUAGCUCUUCACCAAUAUUUCCAGCGAUCUUUUGAGACGGGAAUGCGUAUUAAGACCGCCUUGACUGCGAAGAUUUACGGCAAGUCUCUCAAGCUAUCCAACGAGGGGCGCGCAAGCAAAUCUACUGGAGAUAUUGUCAACUACAUGGCUGUUGAUACGCAGAGAUUACAAGAUUUGACCCAAUACGGUCAGCAGCUGUGGUCCGCACCAUACCAGAUUACGCUCUGCAUGAUCUCUCUCUACCAACUCGUUGGAUUCUCUAUGUUCGCCGGUGUAGCCGCCAUGAUCUUCAUGAUUCCUAUCAAUGGUUUCCUCGCCCGUCUCAUGAAGACCCUACAGAAGAAGCAGAUGAAGAACAAGGAUUCGAGAACGCGCUUGAUCGCUGAGAUCGUCAACAACAUGAAGAGCAUUAAGCUUUACGCCUGGGGAUCCGCGUUCAUGAACAAGCUGAACUACGUCAGAAACGAGCAGGAAUUGAAGACACUCCGCAAGAUUGGUGCUGCCCAGGCCUUUGCCAACUUCACCUGGUCGACAACUCCUUUCCUCGUGUCCUGCUCGACUUUUGCAGUCUUCGUUCUCACCCAGGAUAAGCCAUUGACGAUCGAUAUUGUCUUCCCAGCUCUGACUCUGUUCAACCUGCUCACAUUCCCAUUGGCUAUCCUGCCAAUGGUUAUCACAUCUAUCAUCGAAGCCUCUGUCGCAGUUGGACGUCUGACGUCAUUCUUCACUGCCGAGGAGCUCCAGGAAAGCGCCGUCCUUGCGCUACCUGCCGUCGAAGAGCUCGGCGAGGAGACAAUCCGUAUCCGCGAUGGUACCUUCUCGUGGGAUCGCCAUGAGGGAAAGACUGCCCUCCAAAACAUCACCUUCAGCGCCUGCAAGGGCGAGCUCAGCUGCAUUGUCGGCAGAGUCGGAUCUGGCAAAUCGUCCUUCCUCCAGAGUAUCCUCGGAGACUUGUAUAAGGUCGGUGGUGAAGUUACUGUUCAUGGUUCGAUUGCAUAUGUUGCCCAACAACCUUGGGUUAUGAAUGCGACUGUAAAGGAUAAUAUUGUUUUCGGUCACCGAUGGGACCCAGCUUUCUACGAUAGGACGGUCAAGGCAUGUGCGCUUUUGGAAGAUUUCGCACAGCUCCCCGAUGGAGACAACACCGAAGUCGGCGAACGUGGUAUUUCCCUGAGUGGUGGCCAGAAGGCCCGUCUUACUCUCGCAAGAGCUGUCUAUGCACGCGCGGAUGUUUACCUCCUUGAUGACUGCCUCUCAGCCGUUGAUCAGCACGUCGGUCGCCAUAUCAUCGACCAGGUGUUUGGCGCCACUGGACUACUUGCCGGAAAGACCCGUAUCCUCGCCACGAACUCGAUUCCCGUGUUGAUGGAGGCCGAUUUCAUCGCCCUGAUCAGAGACGGUAGCAUCAUCGAGCGCGGAACUUACUCGCAACUCAUCGCUAUGAAGGGAGAUAUCGCCAACCUGAUCAAGAGCGUCAGCACACAGGCAGCAAACGAAGUCGAAUCCAGCUAUGACAGCACCAGCGAAUCCUCCACGGUCGUGGACCGAACCACAAACGAUGAGGACCAAGAUGCCGCCGAGGAAGCCCAAGAACGCCUUACUACUCUCCAACCGAUCCGCUCGUCGCCAUCGAAGGUUAAAAGACGCGCUGGCAGCGACGGCACACUGCGUCGCGCGAGUGCGGCAACUAUGAGAGACACCAGAGGCAAGAUCCGCGACGAGGAAGAGCCUACCACCCGCACGAGGCAGACGAAGGAGUUUGCGGAGCAGGGUAAGGUGAAGUGGAACGUCUAUAAGGAGUACGCGAAGACAGCCAACCUCGUUGCCGUCGCCAUCUACCUGAUCACCUUGGUUGGUGCGCAGACGGCGCAGGUUGCGGCUAAUGUGUGGCUUAAGAACUGGGCAGAUUAUAACAGCAAGAAUGCGGAGAAUAGAGAUACGGGGAUGUAUUUGGGUGUCUAUUUCUCGUUUGGUAUUGGGUCGGCGUUGCUGGUUGUGGUGCAGACUUUGAUCUUGUGGAUUUUCUGUUCUAUUGAGGCUUCGAGAAAACUACACGAGAGAAUGGCUCAUGCCAUCUUCCGGUCGCCCAUGAGCUUCUUUGAUACGACCCCCGCUGGUAGAAUUCUGAACCGCUUCUCUAGUGACAUCUACCGUGUCGAUGAGGUGUUGGCGCGGACGUUCAACAUGUUGUUCGUAAAUGCUGCUCGUGCCAUAUUCACACUUGUAGUUAUCUCAGCAGCCACCCCCGCUUUCAUUGCAGUCAUCAUCCCGCUUGGUGCCGUGUACAUGUGGGUGCAGCGAUACUACCUGCGCACAUCGAGAGAACUUAAGCGUCUCGACAGCACCAGUAAGAGUCCCAUCUAUGCCCACUUCCAGGAGUCCCUCGGAGGUAUUUCAACUAUCAGAGCGUAUGGUCAGCAAGAGCGCUUCACUAUGGAGAACGAGUGGCGCGUGGAUGCCAACCUCAGGGCUUACUUCCCCUCCAUCAACGCAAACAGAUGGUUGGCCGUCCGCCUUGAAUUCCUCGGCUCCCUUAUCAUCCUCGGUGCCGCGACUUUCGCGAUCAUUGCUGUGUCAUCUGGAGACGGACCAGAUGCAGGUCUCGUAGGACUGGCCAUGUCGUACGCGCUCCAGAUCACACAGUCGCUCAACUGGAUCGUGCGUCAGACAGUCGAGGUUGAGACGAACAUCGUGUCUGUGGAACGCGUGCUCGAGUACGCGAACCUGCCGAGCGAAGCACCAGAGGUCUUCCACAAGAAGCGGGUGCCGAUCAGCUGGCCCGCUCAGGGUGCCGUCGAGUUCGACAACUACAGCACGAGGUACCGCGAGGGCUUGGACCUUGUGCUCAAGAAUGUGACCUUGAAUAUCAAGCCGCACGAGAAGAUUGGUGUUGUCGGACGCACGGGUGCUGGAAAGUCCAGUCUCACCCUUGCGCUCUUCCGCAUUAUUGAGGCGGCAGAAGGAAAUAUCAACAUUGACGACCUGGACACCUCGCAACUUGGACUACUGGACCUGCGAAGGCGUUUGGCUAUCAUCCCACAGGACGCAGCGCUAUUCGAGGGCUCUGUUCGCGACAACCUUGAUCCUGGCGGCGUGCACGACGACACUGAGUUAUGGAGCGUAUUGGACCAUGCGCGACUAAAGGACCAUGUCGCCACCAUGACUGGCGGCCUUGAAGCCAAGAUCCACGAAGGAGGAUCGAACCUCUCGCAAGGACAGCGACAACUCAUCUCGCUGGCGCGCGCGCUGCUAACGCCGACUAACAUCCUUGUGCUGGACGAGGCGACGGCCGCUGUCGAUGUCGAGACCGAUGCGCUGCUACAGGCGACGCUGCGAACGACCGAGUUCAGCAGCCGCACCAUCAUCACAAUCGCGCAUCGCAUCAACACUAUCCUUGACUCGGACCGUAUUGUUGUGCUGGAAGGGGGAAGGGUACGCGAGUUCGACGAGCCUGCUAAGCUGAUUGAGCAAAAGGGGCUGUUCUACGAGCUUGUACGCGAGGCGGGGCUACUGGAGACUGCGGAGGGGGCGGCGAGGAAGUGAGGGGUGUGUAGUGCUAGUGUAGUACAGGAGAAAUAUUCGGGGAAUUAGAAGAUAGGAGAGAAUAUCUUGCAUUGAUCGCCGAUUCGGCGUGGGGGCGGGAGAAGAGGACAGGGCGGGAGCGUGUGUAAAUAAUACGAGAAAUUGGAUAUCAGAAAUGCAGGAGAUAAAAAGUAGGGAAGGAAUAGAAAGAAUAACCAAC